GCUCCGCGGCUGCAGCUCCGGCGCGGCGCGGGGCGGAGGGAGGGGCGGGCGGUGCCUGGAGGAGGCGCCGGGCCGCGGGCCAGGCCGACCGGGUCACAAUUCGGGUUCGCAGCAAAAAUGCUUUCAGAACAGACAGCAGCCCUAGGGACAGGAUGGGAGUCGAUGAAUGUCCGGCUGGAUGGAGCAGAGCCCCCGGUGGAAAGGGGAAGCCAAGAGGAGGGGCCAUGGAGAAUGGCACCAGGGCCACUGGAACACCUGUGCUGUGACCUUGAAGAAGAGCCACAGUCCCUUCAGGAAAAGGCUCAGUCGGCUCCCUGGGUUCCUGCCGUUCCCCAGGAGGGGAGCACCGGAGACUGGGAGAUGGCAGCUGCACUUCUUGCAGCCGGAUCACAGGGCCUGGUAACCAUCAAGGAUGUGUCACUGUGCUUCUCUCAGGAGGAGUGGCGGAGCCUGGACCCUUCUCAGACAGACUUCUAUGGAGAAUAUGUCAUGCAAGAGAACUGUGGGAUAGUGGUCUCUCUAAGAUUUCCAAUUCCUAAGCUGGACAUGCUUUCUCAACUAGAAGGAGGGGAAGAACAAUGGGUCCCUGACCCACAGGACUUAGAGGAGAGGGACAUCCUGAGGGUAACAUAUACAGGAGAUGGAAGUGAGCACGAGGGGGAUACCCCUGAACUAGAAGCAGAACCUCCCAGAAUGUUAUCCAGUGUAUCUGAAGAUACUGUCCUCUGGAACCCGGAGCAGGAGGAGAGCUGGGAUUCCAUGCCCAGAAGCUCCAGAGGAAUGCUCCUGGGCCCACCGUUUCUUCAGGAAGAUAGCUUCUCAAAUCUUCUGUGUAGCACAGAGAUGGACUCCCUGUUAAGACCACACACAUGCCCCCAGUGUGGGAAACAGUUUGUGUGGGGCUCCCACCUUGCCAGGCACCAGCAAACGCACACUGGGGAGAGGCCCUAUAGCUGCCUCAAGUGUGAAAAGAGCUUUGGGCGAAGACAUCACCUGAUCCGGCACCAGAAAACCCACAUGCAUGACAAGCCCAGCAGGUGCUCCGAGUGUGGCAAGAAUUUCCGAUGCAGCUCCCAUCUGGCCAGCCACCAGAGAAUGCAUGCGGAAGGCAAAUCCUGCAAAGGCCAAGAAGCUGGCGAGAGCCCUGGGGCUAGGAAACGGCAGCACACCCCACCGGUGCCCAAGUGCCACGUGUGCACUGAGUGUGGGAAGAGCUUUGGCCGACGGCACCACCUGGUGAGACACUGGCUCACCCAUACUGGGGAGAAGCCCUUCCAGUGCCCGCGCUGUGAGAAGAGCUUUGGCCGUAAACAUCACCUGGACAGGCACCUGCUGACCCAUCAGGGACAGAGUCCCAGGAGCAGCUGGGACAGAGGGACAUCUGUUUUCUGAUUUCUGUUUUUGCUGUAGCUGUGGUCACAUCUAUCAGCUGGUGCUGCCAGGCGUCUCUGCCAGAGCUGCCCCUCUCUUGCCCCUGAUGGCCAGGAUCAUGAGGCCUGGCCUCAUCCCUAGAAAGAUGAGGUUUCAGCAUGGGCCAGAGCAUUUUUCACCACUUCUGUGAGAUGCCACAUAAAAUAGAGUUCUUUGGGCAAAACUUUUGGGAAACAAUGCUUACUACAUGGGCUGAUAUUCAGCCGAGUCCAUUCUCAAGGGUACAGUGGUACCAGCGGUUUAUGGCUGAGGUCCAUUCUGAUUGAUUGGAGCCUAUGCCAUACCAGUUGUUAAAUAUUUUUAGUAUCACCAGUGUGUACUGUAACUCUUAUACUCUCUUUACGUUACACAUGAGAGAGAGAAAGACCAUGUUGGCAUAUUAAAGGCUCUGAAAAUGGAUGUAGUAAAGCAAACUUUAAGCCUCUUAAUGCAGCGUUUCCUAAAUGUAUUUGACCUCAGUAUUCUUUCUAUCUCACAUCCCACAGAACUGGUGACUCCAUGAAACACUCUGAUGACACUGGGUUAGAGUAAUGAGGAAACAGAAAAGAGCCCCCCUUUUUAUCCAAGUGGAAGCUGAAGGGCAGAUCUCAUUCCUGUGUGGGUCCAUCAUCUUCACCCCAAUCAUCCAAAUAUACAUCCACACCUCUCAACCCCACCUGAUGGAAAAUAGAAAUAAUAACCUUUUCACCCAUUAUUCCUACUCCUUUAUCCUGCACAUAUGUAUAUCCAGUUGAGAGAUCAUACUACCAUGCUAGGAGAUGGACCUUAUACUCCCAAGUAACCCAGACUCACACAGAAGAAAAAACUUCAUCUCCUUGGACAGUCCCCCUCUUCUCUUGACUGUGUCUUUAUGUGUCAAUGUGUAUCUGUAUGCAGGGUCUUUGAAGAGAGCAUGCAAAGUACAAACUGUAAAAGCUAGAUUUUCUAGGGGCUGUGUUCUGGUGAUGAGGGUAGUGGGAAUUUUAUGGGGUUUUUGUUUUGUUUCAAGAUAGGAAGCUCAUCUAUUACGGGAGCCCUAGUGGAAAGGAUUAUGUGUUGGGUAAUGUUGUGGAAGUUGAGGUAUAAAGACUUCUUGAAUGUCACUGAGAUCAAGACAACUGGAUAUUCUAUGUCCGAAUCUCGGGGCCACAGAUUCUUUUCGCUUGGGUGUAGAGAGAAAGAAACAUCCUCGGUGAGGUGAGCUCUUUCUUGUGGGUUUCAAGCAAGAUGCAUAUAGAAGCUUUAUGCUGAGUGAGGGUUUUUUGUUUUUGUUGUGUGGUGUGUUUUCUUGUCUUGUUUUAAGUGCUGAGAAAUUAGGGCAGGAAUCACAGUGCUUACAGGUUGUUUCAUUACUCUUGUGUGACCUUGAUUGCCUCAUCAAGGGGGCAGAGUUAUUCUUGAGGAUCUUAUUCUCUCUGAAACAGAACUUAUAGGGGAAAUGGCUGUGGUUUAAUUUUGCAGCUGAUGCAGGGUAAUCAACUUUCCAGUUGGUAUUCCUCACAAUUCUGGGAAAGUGUCCAUGCUAAGACUCUUAACUCCAGGACUUGCAUAAUAUUCUAGCAUCUGUUAGUUGAUGAGUUGGUCAUUGUUUCUCUUUAUUGAUGAUGUGUUAAUACCAGUGUUACAAUUUAAAAACUAUCUUGUAUGUAAGAGCAGUUUGGGGUUAGGGAGGGAGAGGAGUGGAGAGGAGCAGAGAGGAUGAAAGUCAGUAUUUUUCUCUUUAAUGCUUAGAUUCUGGUUUUUCCUUAACAGACUUAUUUUUCAACCACAAUUGGUGGAAUUAACCAGAGAGGUAAUAAAGGGAGCUGCAACAGUCUAGUUUCAUGACUGUCCCAUUUGCUUAGGGAAAAUGGGGUGAAUCACAGCUCCUCAGAGCCCUGGACCCAUAUGGACCUGAAAAUAAGGUCAUUUUGCUGAAUGGACUUCUUAGAGUGGAUAUGACUUGAUCAACCCAGUCCCUGCCUUCUGCUGCUCAGAGCAGUCUUCCUUCUUUGCCUGGAAUGCACUUCUCUUGCUUGUAUUCAUAUGACUAGAGCAAAAUGGCCAGUCCUUUGUAAGGCAGCCUUGUUCUAGGUUCUCAUAGACAGGACUGUUCUAGGAUCAGUAUUAGGAGAAGCCCCAAGGAAUAGGAAAGUAUUGCCUUCCAGUAGUGAAACUGGACUAUGCCAUUUCUUUUACCUUCCCACUCUGCCUCAUUCAUUCAUGCAAAUCAGCUCUAUUAAGCAGUGGUUCAGAACCUGUUUUGGAUCACAGACUCUUUUGAAGAUCUGAUAAAAACCAGGAACUCUUUUUUGAAAAAAUAUACAUUAGCAAUUCACUCAGUUUUUCAUAUACAUUUAGCCUACCCAUGGAAUCACUUAAACUGGGGUCAAAGAAAGGUCAUUAUAUAUUUAUGUCAAGAAUACAAGGCAAUGGUCACUAAAUAUUUUAAGGAAUAAGAUACCAGAGGCAGUAGGAUAUAAGAAUAGUCUGGUCUAUAAUGACUAGAAGGGUAUUGCUUACAAUCUACUCUUUUUCUUUUUUUUUUAAAGAUACAGUAUGCUAACAAAUCCAGCUCCUCACAAACCUUGUUUUAAAGACUUGUAGGAGGUGACUCUCCAUACUAUCAGAUCACACUCCUAAUAAUUAGAUGUUAACCUCCAGCCUUUAAUCUGUUUUAGUAUUUGUACGGCUAGAAAGUGAAGCCCCUAAAGUGUGGGUGCAGUCAUAGCACCCAACUGAAAGGCAUCAUGGAGUUAAGGGCCUUGUGCAGAAGGGGCCUCCCUUUAGGUCAUUUCUGGUGUACCACUCUCUUCUCUACCUCGGUCCAGCACCACUUCCUUUGGACAAAAAAUAAAAUAAGCAACAGCCAUCAUAUGGGCAAGUAGACUUGAAUGAUUUUUCCCACAGGGAAUCAGCCUCAAACUACUCCCAUCUUCCAACUGCCUCUGCCACAUGUCCACCCUAACUGCUUUAAAUAAAAAAUGCCUCUGUGUUCUCUCUGGGCAAAAUGUAAAAUAGAGAAGUACCAUAUAAGAAAGCUGUCACCUUUUCCCCUCUGUGAUACCUCUAUUUAGGGUGCAGGUAUCUUCCCCUUUGCAUCCCAUCAAAGUAUCUCUGUAAAGAAUCCCUUACACAGGAGAAUGUGACCCAAAGUGUUAGCUUUACCCAGAUCUGUUUACAUUUUAAGUGUUCUGAUAGCUGGUAGUGGAAGUGGAAGGAAAAUCUUUUCCUCUGUUAAAAUGAUGUUAUGCCUUUAGGGAACUGAUGAGGUGAUAUAAUUUGGGACAAAACCCUUCCCUUUCCAGCACUCGUGCAAUCAAACUGCUGUUAUCUAUUUGUAUCAAGGACAGGGUGAGCCCUGACGCAGAACCAUAGGUACCAGAAGAUAGAUUCUUUCCAUCUCUGGAUGAGAGUGGGUGGGAUUGGGCAAUAACAGAAAAGUAAAAUCUAUUCUCUUAGACCCCUUAGAGAUUCUGACCUGGCAAAAUUUCUUUCUUUUCCCUGGAAUGCUCUAAUAGGCCUAGGCUCUCAAAAUGUGUGAUCUUUGGUCCAGCAGCAUCAACAUCGCCUGACAGCUUGUUUUAGAAAUGCAAAUUCUCAGGCUCCACCCCAAACACACUGAAUCAGAAACUAGGAGUGGGAUAAUACAGGGAAGCCCAGCAAUUAGUCUUUUAGCCUAUCUUCCUGGAUCUCUGAGGUAUGCUAAUGUUUAAGAACCUCUGGCUCAGAGAUUCAAAUUCCAUUUCAAUCAGUGGUAUCACACCCUCUUCAAUGUUGUCAGAUUGAUUUUCUGCAACCUCUCCAAGCUAGUUGUUUUUCAGUUCUGUUCCUCUUGAGUUCCAAGGCCUUCCUUCACUCUUUAAUCAAUGAAAGGACUGGGUCAGUCACCAGUUUCAACUACCAAGUUGCUGUGAUUGAUUGGGGCUGGAGCUUCUAAAGUGGACACUGAGGAUUUGUGGGUCCAAAAAUCUGAAAGGACAAAAGGAACAGAUACACCAAAGAGGGGAAAUCCAAUGUAAAGCUGAAAAACUGACAACCAAGGAAAUGAUCCUCCUUUGCUAGUUAUCUGGUCCUUUUCUGGGCCUAAUAGUUGCCCUGGGGGCAGAGUAGGUGAGCAUUCAGCACAGAGGUAGGGAGUAAAGCCAACUGUCCCAAGCCCUGAAGAAUCCAAGUUUUCCAACUUCAGAAUGCGUUGGCGUUGGAGAACAAUAAGGUGCUAUGCAAGGAAUUUCUAACCAGGAUUUGGUCUACUGUAUGGGCAAGGGCGGCAGGAGCAUCAGGCUCAUUUAGUAAGAUGUGACUCAAGGGAGAUUUGAACCCAGACUCUACUAGGCAGAGAUUGUAACCCAUUAAGCCAUGGCACCUAUGUCAAAAAUGCAUUCUCCUGCCCUGGCCAGUGUGGCUCAGUUGGUUGGGCAUGGGAAGGCAGCCAGUUGGAUUCCCAGUCAGGGCACAUGCCUGGGUUGUAAGCUCGAUCCAUACAGGGGAUCGUGCAGGAGGCAGUUGAUUGCUGUUAUGCUCUCACAUCAAUGUUUCUCUCCCUCUCCCUUUCUCUCAAAAUCAGUUAAAAAUAUUUAAAAAUUGUCUAUUUAAAAACACACAACAUUCUCCUACUUUGAAGAUUCUGUCCAACUCAGGCUUCAGGAAGGGAUUGUUACCUCCUCCAGCUCCUCUCCUAGGCCUCCUCAUGAGGACAGGCUGAAAUGAAAGUUGCAAACCUGCCACCCCUAUGGAGAGCUCCAAGGCCAAAAGGUUAGAAUGAACCUACCUCUCUUUGGGGGAGGUGAUCAGCCCCUCUCCCCUAAGGCAAAAAAAGCUUGGCCACUGCCUUCUUCAGCUCCAGACCUCAGGCUCUGUCCUUCUUUACCUUCUUGUCACCACUUCCAUAUUCCCAAUAAAAGGAGCUCUUCCCCUACUCUUUUUAUA